UCACGAUCGUUCUUUUUCCUCGAAGUGUCUCUGCGUGAGAAGGAAAAGUGUUGUUGCUGAAAAUAUAAACGUAAUAUACUUUUUUUACUGUUAAUUGAAUUGAAAAUACACAUCAAUAAUGUCAAGAUUUGAUAGAGGAGACAGAUUUCAUGAUUCUGGACGCUCUGACAGACGAGGAGGUGGCGGUGGAGGAUAUGGAGGUCGCGGUGGCUUUGGUGGUGGACCACGAUUUGGUGGAAGAGGUGGUGGUGGUGGAGGUGGUGGUGGAAUGCGGGAUAAAUUCAAUGAUCCUGGUUCAAGACUCAGGAGACCCCGAUGGGAAAUGAAAGAUUUAAUUCCUUUUGAGAAGAAUUUCUACAGAGAGCACCCAGAUGUAUCACGCAGAUCUCCUCUUGAAGUACAACGAUACCGCAGUGCGGGCGAGAUAACUGUCAAGGGACGAGACGUGCCCAAGCCAGUGCAAGGGUUCCAAGAAGCCGCGUUUCCUGAUUAUGUAAUGGAUUGCAUUAUGAAACAGGGGUUCAAACAGCCAACAGCAAUUCAGUCUCAAGGUUGGCCAAUAGCACUCAGUGGACAGGAUAUGGUAGGCAUUGCUAUGACAGGCUCUGGAAAGACACUUUCAUACAUUCUUCCUGCUAUUGUGCAUAUCAACAACCAACCAUUUUUAGAGAGAGGAGAUGGUCCUAUAUGUUUGGUAUUGGCACCAACUCGUGAGCUAGCCCAGCAAGUACAGCAAGUUUCAGCACAAUUUGGCUCCUCCUCCAGGAUCAAGAGUACGUGUGUCUAUGGCGGAGCCCCGAAAGGCCCUCAGAUACGUGAUCUAGAAAGAGGAGUUGAAAUUUGUAUAGCCACACCUGGUCGUCUUAUCGACUUCUUGGAAGCAGGCAAAACCAACCUAAGAAGAUGCACAUACUGUGUACUAGAUGAAGCUGAUAGGAUGUUAGACAUGGGCUUUGAACCUCAGAUUAGAAAAAUCAUUGAACAGAUCAGGCCUGACCGUCAAAUGCUGAUGUGGAGUGCAACAUGGCCAAAAGAGGUACGCCAGCUUGCUGAAGAGUUCUUGAAGGACUAUUCUCAGGUGAACAUUGGCUCACUGAGUCUCUCAGCUAAUCACAAUAUUUUGCAGAUAGUAGAUGUAUGUGAUGAAUCUGAGAAAGACAUGAAGUUAAUCAAGCUUCUUGAAGAAAUUAUGCAGGAAAAGGAGAACAAAACACUUAUAUUUGUAGAAACUAAACGGAAAACAGAUGAGCUUGUCAGAAGAAUGAGAAGAGAUGGGUGGCCAGCGAUGUGUCUCCAUGGAGACAAGUCUCAGCCAGAACGUGACUGGGUUUUGAAAGAAUUCCGCUCUGGCAGCUCACCAAUUCUGGCAGCUACUGACGUGGCAUCUCGUGGAUUAGAUGUAAAAGAUGUCAAGUUUGUGAUAAACUAUGACUACCCAAAUAAUUCUGAGGACUAUGUUCACCGAAUUGGGCGAACAGCACGUAGUAACCACACAGGUACUGCCUACACAUUCUUCACUGCGGCCAAUGCUAAACAAGCAAACGAUCUCAUUGGUGUCCUGGCUGAGGCGAAGCAGCAAGUGAACCCAAAGCUCAUGGAGUUGGCACAGUGUGCUAGAGGUUUUGGCAAAGGCCGCAGUCGUUAUAGGAAUACUGGUGGUUAUGGUGGUGGCGGUGGACGCUUUAAUAGUGGACGAGACACAGGAAGAGGAGGCGGGUUUAGGAAUUCAAUGGGUGGGGAUAGAAUGGGAUCCAGAAUGGACAAUGGGCCUUCAAGAAGUGGGGGCAUGAGUGGUGGCCCACCAAGAGGUGGUAUGUCAAAUGGUUAUUCAGGUGGCAGGGAUGCUGGUAACCGAAAUGGUUAUGGCUCUAGACCCCCUCCAGGUGGACAUGUUUCCAAUGGUAUGGGAAGGCAGGACUCUCGUCCUCCUCAAAGUAAUGGUAUGAGUAAAGGUGGCCCUCCACCUCAAAAGCCUGUUCAGAGGAGUGGACCACCACCUCAACCCCCAAGCAGAAGUGGUCCUCCACCAUCAGCUAGCAGACCUCCCCCAGCAGCUGCACCUCCAACUGGUCCAACGGCACAGCAGCAUCAGCAGCAGCAGCAGCAGCAGCAGAUGAUGUCGCAGAUGGCUGCUCAAGGUACAGACCCAUCACAGAUGGCAAGCAUGGAUCCAGCUGCUGUGCAGCAAUACUACCAGUAUUACUAUCAAUAUUGGCAGCAGUACCAGCAACAAGCAGUUGCUGCAGCCCCUGCACAAUAGGCACUUUCACAACGAUUAUCAUCUUCAUCAUCAGUCAACAUCCAUCAUCUUCAUUGAUCAUCAAAAACAUACACUAUCUUUACAACAUACAUUUCAAACACAGAUGUUGUACUUCUGCUUGGUUAUUGUAAAUCAUAUGUGUAGAUGUGUGUAGACAGUAAGAUAGUGGAAGGCAAUGUCAUUGACAUUUCUUCAUUGUAUGCGCUUUUCGGGGAUUAUAGUCGGCAGCUCAGUAAAACUAUUGUAUAUGUAAUGAGGCAUUUAUUGUAUAAACAAAGUUGGGCUAUGUUAACGAUUGACCAAAUCUAAAGGAAGGAUGGAAGGGUUAACAAUGAAUGGUAUAAUUUUCUGAGCUUUACUCAAGUUUAUUUUUUAAAUAUUGAUAAAUUGUUUGGUGUGCUUUACCCAAAUUUAAUAAAAAAAAAAAUAUUGAUACAAAUUUUAAUAGAAACAAUUGUUAUGACUGGAGUAGAAAAAAAACAUUAAGAAUGCUUCAAGGAUUUAUAUUAUGGUCCACUUUACUCCAAAUCCAAAAAAGAGAAAAAAUUAUAUAAAUUAAAAAAAUGGGGAAAAUAUAUUACUGUAGCUGCCAUUUAAAGUUGCCAUGAAAGACCAAAAUUUAAAUCAAGAACACAUUCUAAUUUAAGUAAAAAAGAUUAGAAUGUUUGAAACAGAUUUAAACUUUUAAUACUGUGUUUUGAAAUAUUUUAAUAUGGUCAUUGUUGUCAUGCAGUAAACAAAAUAUCUCUUGGAAUCAAGAGCAUAAUUUAAAGUGUAUAUGACCAUAAUUGGUUGUAAUGUUAUACAUGUAACCAAUUCUUAGUUUGAAUUUUUUAUUUAUUUAACACAAGGGAAUCUUGUAGACUUGAAAUUAUGAAUAUUUAUGUCAGAACUGUUUGACCUCAGACAGCUUUCUGCUUUUUCCUGUGUUUAGUUAAGACAUUUUAAAAAGUAUUGUAUUUUUCCUUUACCAUUUCUUUUUACCAAAACGUUAAUUGUAAGUAGUGACAUUAAAAUUACCUUUGAAUGUA